UAACUUCACUGGUCGCCUCCUCACAUGUUGUUUUAUGUGGGAAGACUGAAGCAAAGCAGGCACUGAGCAGCGCUGCCUUCCCACCAUCUUCUGUCACCAGAUCAGGAUUUUCUGGCCGCUCUCAUGAUUCUUAGAGAAAAUCUCAUUUUUUUCCGCCAAUUUAAGGAUUUUUUUAGCCCACGAUCUCUCGGGACCAUCUGGUGAUUUGGGGGUUUCUGUGUGUGUGGGGGGGAGGUCACUGCACUGUCAGCAGCCCCAGAUCAGCCUCGUGCAGAGCCCAGCAGUACUGACGGUCCCCCAGGCAGAUCUGUCCCCCCAAACAGGCUCUGCUCUCACACUUCCCAGCCCCCGUCUGUCUCUAGGUCUGUCCCAGCCGGACGCUCCAGCCAUGGGCAGAGCCCUGCUGCCACAGCACGACGCCGGGAGAAGGGAGCUCCCGCCUCAGGGCCCCCUCUGGAGAGCAGGGGGUCCUGCCAUGCUGAGGGUCCUGAUCCUCUCCCUGCUCUGGAGGGGGUCCCUGUCCCAGCCACCUGGAUUUACCCUGGCGGUGCCGCAGUCGGUGUCCGUGCAGGAGGGUCUCUGCGUUCUCAUCCCCUGUAACUUCACGUACCCAGCCUCGUAUGACACCGACAAUCCCUCGGACCAGCUAUACAGACUCUGGUACAAGGAGCCUGCUACUGUGGGCCAGGAUCGUCCUGUGGCCAGCAGUCUCCCCAGCGCGUGGGUGUUACAGGAGAUCCAGGGCCGGUUCCGGCUGAUGGGGGAUCCAGCACACGGCGACUGCUCCCUGCAAAUCAGUGAUGCCCGACGGACGGAUGAGGGGAGAUAUUUCCUUCACAUCGAGAAAGGCAUGUUUGAACACACUUACCGCUCCAAUUCCGAUGGCACUGACCCUGUGCUCACGAUCUCCGUGCCAGAGUUAACGGAGGAGCCAGAGAUCCAGAUCUCGCCGGUGCAGGGGCUGCCAGGGACGUUGCUGGCCGGGGAGCCGGUGACUGUGACCUGCACGGCCCCUGGACGCUGCUCCGGGUCCCCUCCCCAAGUCACCUGGAUGGGGCCGUUCAAUGACACAGCUCGGAAUGUCUCAGCCCAGCUGACGAACGGCACCUGGGCUCACAGCUCCGAGCUCAGCUUCACGCCCGGCCUGGGAGACAAUGGCAAAGAGCUCGUCUGCACCGUCACCUACAGCUCAGCACAGGGAUCUUCCACCAGCAGAACCAUCCAGCUCCACGUAGGCUACCCGACUGGGCCCCCCAACACCACUGGGAACCUGACCAGGAAUGGACGCCCCGGACACCCUGCUGCUCUCGUGGAAUCAGAAGAAAGGACAGGCCGGUGGUCAGGGAAUCCACUGUGCCCGAGUUUGGCAUGUAGAUCGGGCUGUUCCUCAGCCACCGAAGAGAUGACAGGUCUGUCCCAGCCGGACGCCCCAGCCAUGGGCAGAGCGCUGCUGCCACGGCAUGAUGCUGGGGAAUGGGAGCUCCAGGCUCAGGGCCCCCUCUGGAGAGCUGGGGGUCCUGCCACGCUGAGGGUCCUGAUCCUCGCCCUGCUCUGGAGAGGGUCCCUGUCCCAGCCACCUGGAUUUACCCUGGCGGUGCCGCAGUUGGUGUCCGUGCAAGAGGGUCUCUGUGUUUUCGUCUCCUGCAACUUCACGUACCCAGCCUCGUAUGACACCGACAAUCCCUCGGCCCAGCUAUACGGACAAUGGUACAAGGAGCCUGCUACUGUGGGCCAGGAUAUUCCUGUGGCCAGCAGUGUCCCCAACCCGGGGGUGUCGCAGGAGACCCAGGGCCGGUUCCGGCUGACGGGGGAUCCAGCGCUCGGCGACUGCUCCCUGCAAAUCAGUGAUGCCCGACAGACGGAUGCAGGGAGAUAUUUCUUUAACAUCGAGAAAGGCAUGUUAGAUCACACUUACCGCUCCAAUUCCGAUGGCACAGACCCUGCGCUCACGAUCUCCGUGCCAGAGUUGACGGAGGAGCCAGAGAUCCAGAUCUCGCCGGCGCGGGGGCUGCCAGGGAUGUUGCUGACCAGGGAGCCGGUGACUGUGACCUGCACAGCCCCUGGGCGCUGCUCCGGGUCCCCCCCGCAAGUCACCUGGACGGGGCCAUUCAAUGACACAGCUCGGAAUGUCUCAGCCCAGCUGGCGAACGGCACCUGGGCCCACAGCUCCGAGCUCAGCUUCACACCUGGCCUGGGAGACGAUGGCAAAGAGCUCGUCUGCACCGUCACCUACAGCUCAGCACAGGGACCUUCCACCAGCAGAACCAUCCAGCUCCACGUAGGCUACCCGACUGGGCCCCCCAACAUCACUGGGACCCUGACCAGGAACGGACGCCCCGACCCGACCGGGCUCCCCAACAUCACCGGGAACCUGACCAGUAACGGACGCCCCGGUUCGGAGGAUCCUGACAAGCCGGUGUUCAUCGGGAUGGCCUGUGGGCUGGGGGUCGCCAUUGGAUCCUUCCUUCUCGGGCUCUGUGUGAUCAAGUAA